AACGUGAAUGGUAUCUAUUAAGAACAUGAUCCUUAUUCUAGUUCAUCUGAAAAUAUAUAUAUAUCGGCCGAUCAUUUUGUAUCUGUCAACUGUCCAUUGGUUAGAAUAAAGCUUUAAAAUGUGUACUCUAGAAACGAUAAUAACACAAUGAACGUGAAUGGUAUGGUGGAGAGAAAUGUUAGACAGUAAUGUCGGCUGCGGAUAUAAUCGUUGCUAUGAAGAACGAUGACACUAGUGACAGAGCAUAUUGGUUACGACCCUCCCUAGAACGAAGUGAAAGCUGAUCUCUGGGACUGUCCCUGUAUUUUCAUCGGGGACUUUUAACCAGCUUUAGAUGGUAAUCGGAAAAGAGCUGAAGUCUGGGAGGGUCCGUCGGCUGCCUUAUAUGCUCAUCUCUCAAUGCAAGGAACUGGUAGGGAUUCAUGUUUUCUUCAUGCAUAUUGAUGGGGAAUGUUUUUCCCAAUUUAUCCUCUUGGGAGACUAAGAGGUUUGUUAGGUACUCGGAUUUAAAUCAAGUGUAGGGUGAGAUGAGCAGACGGUAUAUAGUGAUAUCUAGUGGCCUCAUCCUAUGGGACUUUAGAAGUAACAUAUCCUUGCUCCCAGUUUGCCAUUCCUUGAAUGCAACUCUAAUUUGUUUGAUAAAGACAAACCGAAGAAUCAAGCUAUCAAUAUAAGCUAUACGCAUGCACUAUCAGUCAAUUUUAGGAUCCAAGUGGCUGUUAGUUCUCGCCAAGGAUAAGAUCCAAAUCUAGGUAGCUGCACCCCAACGUUACCUGAUUCCUUAAUUCCUUCAUUCGACCCUGCUACAAAUUCAAUCUCUUCAGGUCUACGUUGACCGAUUUGCUGAUCGAAAUUGACCAUUUUAGUUUUUAUGAUCUCUGCUAUGUCAUUAUCCCAUCCAUGAUUAUCCCAUUCCUCAGCCUUUUGCCUUGUUUCUAACUCAUAUAUACACUUUCUUAUGUCUGCUUUUUCUGAUCUUGGCUCCUCUCAAUCUAGUUUCUUUACACCACAAUCCAUACUUGACAUAUAUUCUCAAACAUGAGCAUUAUAAGUGGAUUAGCUUAUGUUCUUGUGAUACUAAUUAUACUUCUCUCCCUUGCUUCCUACUUCUGCUCUAAACGCGCACACUUAUCCGCAGACACAUUUGAUCAUUCCUCCUCAUCUAUAGCCGGGGACCAAACCAGCAGUAGUGUACAAGCAGGAGGAGCUGGACUUGAUGAAGCCACUAUAACUAGUUACCCAAAGCUUGCUUAUUCCAAAGUAAAGCUCCAAUAUGGAAACUCAACAGCUUGUUGCUGCUCUAUUUGUUUGGCUGAUUACAAGGAAACCGAUAUGCUCUUGGUGUUGCCUCAUUGCGGUCAUCUCUUCCAUGUCAAGUGUGUGUAUCCAUGGCUUCGGCUUCACGCUACGUGCCCAAUAUGCAGGAACUCGCCUUCUCCACCUUCUCUUUGUAUUUCUUGUAGUCAAAUAACCCCCUUGCCUAACGCUCCAGGAGUAAUUAGCACAUAGAUAUGUAAAACUUUGUAUAGAACUUUUGCACAGAGGAUUCUCUG